AUGUCACAUCCCCAUUUCACCUCUCUGGGGUCACCUGAAGGGUUUUUGUCUUUCCCCAGGGUGCAGCAGGGAAGGCUCCCAGGCCCAAGAGCCCAGGGGAGGACAGGCAGUGCCAGAGAUCCCUCAGGGAGCCUUUGGUCACCCAGGGCAGGGCUUUGUCCUUCUGUCCCAUUUUUUGUACCGAAGUCACAUCCCCAUUUCACCUCUCUGGGGUCACCUGAAGGGAUUUUAUCUCUGCUCUCCCCAGGGUGCAGCAGGAAAGGCUCCCCGGCCCAAGAGCCUGCAGCUGGGGGAUGGCAGGCUGAGCCUGCUGCAGGGCUCCCCGCUGCAGCCGCCACCAUCACCAUCACUGUCACUGUCACCAUCACUGUCACUGUCACCAUCAGUGUCACCGUCACUGUCACCAUCACUGGCACCGGCACCCCGCAGCCCCCCCGGCGGCACCCCCAGGACCCCCCGCACCCACAGUUUCCCCUCCCUGCAGAGCGACGGUUUGGCCACGCCGCCCCCACCCCCUCCCAAAAGCAAACCCUACGAGAGCAGCACCCCCAGGAACUCUGCCGAGGUGGCUCCGCCGCUGCCGAGCAGACGCGAGGCCAAACCUCCCCCUCCGCCGCCCAAAACCCGAAAAUGCAGCGUCACCUCCGCGGAGCUGCCCUGAGGAUCCACAUCCCAGGGACCAUCUGUGCCGCCUUCUGUGGGGUUUGGGGGAAUCACCCCAAAAGGAGUGAAUUUGGGGCUCAAAUCCCUGCCCUGUUUGGCUCUUCUGCCAUCCCGGUGCCACUGGGAAUCUCAGACUGGUCUCACUGGUUUUGGGGCUGCAGGGCACUGGCGUUUCCUGCCCGAGUCCAGUUCUGUGCUGGUUUUGGGGUCAGUUCUCAUCUCCUCUGCCAUCCCAACACUUCUGUGGGGUUUUGUUGGGGAACGACUCCAAAAGGAGCGAAUUUGGGGUUGGGUUCCCUGUCCUGUUUGGCUGUUCUGCAAUCCCAGCAGCUCCAUCCCAGUCACACUGGGAAUCUCGGACUGGUGUCACUGGUUUUAGGGCUGCAGGGCACUGGGGUCAAGUUCUGCCGAGUCAAGUUCUGUGUUCAGCUCGUGUUGGGUUUGGGGAAAAACCUCAUUUUGUGUUGGUUUUAGGGCCAGAGCUCCUUUUGUGCUGGGUUGGGGGAAAAGCUUCAUUUCCUGCUGGUUUUGGGGUCAGUUCUCAUCUCCUCUGCCAUCCCAACACUUCUGUGGUGUUUUGUUUGGGAAUGACCCCAAAAGGAGCGAAUUUGGGGCUGAAAUCCCUGCCCUGUUUGUUCUGCAAUCCCAGUCCUACUGGGAAUCUCGGACUGGUCUCACUGGUUUAGGGCUGCAGGGCACUGGGGUUUCCUGCCUGAGUCCAGUUCUGUGCUCAGCUCGUGUUGGUUUUGGGGGAAAACCUCAUUUUGUGCUGGUUUUAGGGCCAGAGCUCAUUUUGUGUUGGGUUUUUGGGGUCAGUUCUCACCUCUGCCAUCCCAACGCUUCUGUGGGGUUUUCUUAGGGAACGACCCCA